CCUCAACUCAUGUUAAUCAGGCAAUAGCCCUUCUCUUCGCCACCCUAGGCCAUGGCUCCACCUAGGCGUUCUCGACGCGACCCGCCCAAAGUCCAGACACGCCUAACCUUUGAGCCCAAGUCCACUUCACCCUCCCGCGGAACGAGUGGUAUUUCUCCCGCGAGAAUCGUAUACCAGCAGGAUCCGCGGAAGCCGAAGAGGAAACAACCAAUUUCGAGCGCGAACAAAAUCGAACCUACCUCUAGCGCUCGCUCUAGACCCUACUACAGCGACGAUGAGGAUAUCUUUGCGGAUGGCAAGAAGUUUGCCGUGGUUUUACCUUCGCCCUCUCGCUCGGCUCCCGCGGGACAGCCUCGGGGAAAGUCGUUUAUGGGCGCUGCGUCGUCCUCGGUGAAACAAAGAGGCAGGCCUAGGAAGAGCGCUGUGUAUGAGACAGAUAGCGAGUCUGAAGAGGAAAUACGAGCACCGCCGGAGAAGACAAAGAAGACAAAGAAGACAAAGAAGACACCGAUCUUGUUGGAAGAUGGCAGCGAGUCUAAGGUGGAAGAAGUAACAGCACUGGCUGAAAAGACAACGAAGCCGGUGGCCGUGCCCAGAGACAGCAGCGAGUCUUCAGAAGAGGAUUUAGCAACACCAGCCUCCAAGAGACAGAAGCGGCCAGACUUUCUGAAAGACCGUAGCGAGUCACCUCUCCGGAGCCCACAACGGGCGGCUGUGAAGAAUGGAGUUGUGGAAACGCCGCGGAAACCAGGCGAGGAGAGCCCCAGUCCGAAGAAGACGAAGAUCACCCCUGUCAAGAGUUUCAUCGCUGGAGAAUACCUUGAUCGGGCACACAACCCGCGAUCCGCGAAGAACCAACGAGAUCCAGCCAAGAAGGAUAAACGUGUAUCGCGCAAGGCUAAAGGCAAGGAGAUCGUGGCUAUAUCCUCCGAUGAGGACUCAGACAGCGAUAUCGUGGCUAUAUCCUCCGAUGAGGACUCAGACAGCGAUAUCGUUGUGGAGCAGCCCUCGGCACGAAAAAGAAAGGCGGAUAGCGGUCUCAAAGAGAAGGCACUGCCCAGCCGGAAAAGGAGGAGAUCCACGAGUUCAGAAGAGGAUGACGAGCCUGUCCGAUCGUCGCCAACCAAGAGGAGAAAGCAAGUGCCCCUUGACGAGACAUCCGACGAAGAAUCCGAAUCCUCGCCCGCCGUUCCAGCCCAGCGCCCGGCCGCAACACCCCGUAAAGGCACCACAAAGCCCUUCUCAACCAAAAAGAGCAAAGCAGAACCAACCCGCCAAACCCGCCAAACCCGCCAAACCCGCCAAACCCGCCAAAUGAACACCCCCAAGAAACAACACCGCACCGAAAAGCAAAAGAAGCUCGAACUCCUCAAGCGCCGCCGUGCCGGCGAGAAGAUCACCGAACUCACCGAAUCCUCCUCCGACUACGAAGAAGAGCGCGGCGCCAACGACAGCGAUGCCUCCCACGCCGUCCUCUCCGUCUUCGACGAUGAAGACUCCGGCGAAGACAACAUCGAGCAGGUCCGGCAAUCCCUGCGCCCCGGAAACCGUAACAUGGAUGAUGACUCCUUCAUCGUGUCCGACGACGACGCACUCCUCGGCGCACCCUCCGACCUCCACGAGAUCCCCCUCGAGUUCACCCACCACGCACACAAACAUCUCAAGGAGCACUUCAAAGACGCAAUCGAGUGGAUGGUCCAAAAAAAGAUAAACCCGGGCUUCAAUCACCGCGACCCCAUCUACAUCCAAGCCUUCCGCAAGCUCGAGCCCGAAGCCCGCGGGCUCGCACAGUCGAAAUUCUCCUCCUCAGCCUGGACAGAGAGUUUCACCCGUGCUCUGUGGUCGCGCCCCCAGUUCCACGAGGAGGAUAUAAGUGCCGGCGGCGAAGGGGAGGGGCGGAAAUGCGAUGCCUGUGGACGGAGUAAUCAUCCUGCUAAAUUCAGGAUCCAGUUACUCGGGAAACCUUAUUACCAACAGACCCUCGAGGACGUGGAAGACAGCGAUGCCGAGUCCGAGUCCGAGUCCGACUCCGAGGCCGCGAGCGUAAACAGCAAAGGCCAGAAACUCCUCAGCGCAGACACGGAAUUCUACCUCGGUCGCUUCUGCCGCGCCAACGCGGCGACGGCGCAUGCGCUGAUCCACUGGAAACACGCGCUGUAUGAGUGGGUGGUGCAGACGCUUUCGGAGCAGGGGUUUCUGGAUGCGGAGAAGUUGGGGGAGAGGGUCAAGUGGGGACAGAGGAAGCUGGGGGCGUUGGCGAAUGAGGUUGUGGAUGAGUGGGUGGAGAGGGGGGAGGUGAAGGGGCUGUAUCGGGAUUUUAGGAAUAAUCUUGAGGCAGCGAGGAAUAAUAAGCAGGGUCGGUGGAAUGCUUGAGGAUUCGGGCCUGGUUCCGGCUGCAUAGCUAUUUCAUACGGCAAAAGGGGGGGUGGACAAUUCACUCGUGUCUCACAAACAUCACAAUAUUGCUCAAGCUAUUCGAAAAAAAGCAAACUGACAUUUGCAUAAUCUAUCUCAUAA